AUGGGGGAUGUCGAUGUGGUGGUGCUUGGCGCUGGGCUGAGUGGCAUCUUCCUGGCCCACAGCUUGCAGUCGGAAGGCUGCAGGAGCUUUGUCGUCCUAGACCGGCGGAAGGGCAUCGGUGGCAUGUGGGCAGAGCUGAAGUUCCCUGGCCUUCGCACUGACUCGCCCAUGGGGCUUUAUGCCUACUCCUUCCAUCCGUCGGCCACCACGACGCGGAUGAUGCCGACCAGGGAGGAGCUCCUGGAGUACUUUCAGGAGGUGGUGGAUGAGCAUCGGCUGGCCCAAUACAUGCGCUUUGAGCAGCAUGUCCGGCGAGCAGAGUUCGACUCGAGGAAGGCGCGAUGGACCCUGACCACGGCCGCUGGAGUGUCUUGGACAUGCCGACACGUGAUGAACUGCACAGGUUACUUCGACCUUUUCGAUCCCUACAUCCCAGAGAUCCCGGGCAUGGCAGACUUUGCAGGGAAGCUGGUGCACACGCAUUCCUGGCCGGAGGACAUGAGUCUCGAAGGCAAGCGAGUCAUCCUCGUGGGCAGUGGGGCCUCGGCAGUCACCGCUGCGCCUGCCUUGGCGGAACGGUCCCGGAGCGUGGUGAUGCUGCAGCGCUCACCGAGCUAUAUCAAGUCGGCACCUCUGCGUCAUGCGCCGUGGUCUGCGUGGUCCAUUGCCGCCUGGUUGGUGAAAGCCGGAGGCGUAUUCCGAUGGCUGGGGCGGUGCCUAUUUUCGCUGAUCUUCCGACGGCUGCGCCGCGAAGCCCUGGGGGAGGCCAAGGCCUACAACGAGAAGCGGUGCGCUUGGAGCGCGGGUUGCCCCGAGGCACUCGCAGCCCGUUCGCGUGAGAGUCGUGCCGCUGUCGAUGCCGUCGCUGACCGCCUCCCUGAGUUGCGCCGCCACUUCACUCCGUCUUACCAGGUUUUCGAGCAGAGGACGUGCUUUGCUCCCGGCGAUGAGUUCUUCAUGGCCAUUCAGCGAGGUCGCCUCAGAAUCGUCACAGCGCACAUCGACCGCUUCACCCGGACGGGCAUUCGCCUCCAGCGGCUCUCCGAAACCGAGAGCCGGCUCGCAGAGAGCUUCGGGGAGGCGGAGAUGCCGGAACACUUGGAGGCCGACGUCGUGGUUCUUGCGACGGGGCACAAGCUGAGCCUACUAGGAGAUGUCGAUCUCCUGGUCGAUGGAUGCCCGCAGAAGCUGGGUCAGAAGAUGGCGUACCAAGGGGGCCUCAUGGUGUCCGAUGUGCCGAACUUGUUCAACUUCUCUGGGUACUUCAAGGGCACCUACACCCUGCGACUGGAGGCGGAAGUGCCACUCGUGCUUCGCAUCUUGCAGCUCAUGGACGCCCGCGGCUUCGCGCACGUCGUCCCGCGCUGGCGCGGUGGCGAGGAGGACGUGGACCCGUGCCCCCAGCUGGGGCUCAUCACGUCGUCUGCCGGAUAUGCAGACUCUGCGUGGCAGGGCCCCAACUAUGCCAAGCGAGAUGCCGCGUGGCGUCGCAGACCCGGCGUGGGAAAGCAGAUGCCCUGGAGAGGCGGGUGGAACUACUACGAAGACUGGAAAAACUGCCACGACGCAUGCCUCGAAGACGGCACACUGGAGUAUGGCCUCGCACAGGGGAAUGGGGAAAAGGAGGAGGUGGUGGGCGUGGAGGGGGGGCCCGUCCCUGCAGCAGCAGGGCGAGCGACUGGAGUUUGGGCAGCGUUGCCAGGGACAAUGUUCGACAUUGAUUUCGACUCCGGCUACGGAAGGGUGUGUUCCAAUGUGCCAAGGGACCGUAUUUGCUCAGUCAUCGAGCAGAGCUACCCUGGCCGAGGCCUUGUCGCUGGACAGCGUGUCAUGUCGGCUGAGUUCGGGCACGCAACAUUCGUUGCUGAAAACGAAGACGGCACCUACCGUGUACAGAUGAGAGGGGAGCAAGAGGUCUGUGACGUCGAGGCGGAGUUUGUGAGGAGGUGCACGGAGUCCCAACAUGGGGCCGCAGAUUCUUCUCCUGCGACUACGAUGUUCGAGAAAACCAGCGUGGGGUCCCUUGUGCUGUCCUUCCUAUGUCCCUUUGAUGUGAGUUACUUAAACUUCAAGCGCUCGAGCUUUCGAUCUGAUGCGAUGUACCGCCUCUUCCACUUGAGAUCCAUCUGCCGAGCUUGGCAAAGCGCCAUGCAUCAGCAGCUCUUCCCCUGCCUUGACGCCGCAUGGGUGGCCAAGGAGAAGGCCAGGCUUGAGAAGAAGGCGGGCGAAGCGCCAAAGGAUGGAACAGCCCAUCGCUCCCGGAGCUUGCAGGACAGGCAGCCAGACCGACACAAUGCAGGAGCUUGGCGUUUUCUGGAUGAGCAAGUACGGAGAGGCUUAAGCCGAUUCAGCGGCCAUGUCGGACUCCACCAUGUCAGAGAAGACCAAAGCUUGCUUGUAACUGGGGCUUCAGACUUCAACGGUCUCUACAGGUGCUCUGGCUUUCGAUCCAAGGUGUUCCAGAACCGUUUGACAGGGGCAGUUUUGUACCAUUCUGGCGGGGCCUGCACAUGUCCUGAGGGAGUGGAGGGCCACGGAACUCAGUGGUGCAACGGAAAGUGGAUAUUCGGCACAGGCAAGUCGAGCCAGAUUGUCAAGAAGGCGCAGCACGAGAACAUCAAUGGAAAGUUCCGAGUUGUAGACAUGGUGAAUGAGCACCACAAGUACAUGAAUCAGCAUGGUGCUGUGAUGUAUUGGAGCGAGUACAAGUGGUACAUCAAACUGUCCGAUUCCUUGCCGGAGCCAUUGUACACAUCCGCUGGAUCUAGCGACUUUGACCUUUGUGCUCCAUGCGGCGUGUGGACUGCUGUGUCUGGCCAAAGCAGUCAGAGCCUCCCUGGCAGCUCCAACGGAUGCUGGGUAGAAUCCCUCCAUGACGACUGCAUCUUUUUCACCAGCUCUACCAGAAACGCGAAGAACGGUUCCGCUUUGCUGCCGCCGCUACAUGAAAGCUGGUGUUCUCGUUCUGACAAGCACUGCCAAAUUGUGAUCCAGGAGCCUGGGCCCGUGACUCCAUGCUUGACUGUCAUUCGCAGCGCCCUCUGGGCUCAGAAUGCGAAGACUUGCUGUGCAGCGUUGCGCUGUCUCGCAAAGCUGCAACCCGAUGAAAGCACUUUCAAGGAAGUUCUUGAUCACGCUUCGCAUGAAAGUCAUGAAGUUCGACAUACCGCGAUCUCCCUCAUAUCUGAUCUUGCCACGCAGGACCGGGUCACAAAGCACGACGUCGCCAAAGUCCUGGCGAAGUGCUGUCUCCAGCGAUGUGACUUCGACAUCGCUUGUGGUUCAGACGCUGUGUACGCUAGGAUCUCUGCUCUUGAUUGCAUCGUUGGGUUUGGGGAGCAAGGCUUUGUCCCACAGCAUGUGGUCCUGGCACUGCUGUGUUGCCUGAGUCGACAGAAGUCCAUGCAGGAGCAAGUCUUGCGUCACAUGCCCAAGAUUGCCCAGAGGGGCAAUGAGAGUGCCAGAGACAGCAUCUUGCAGAUUUUGGACUCUGCCAAAAGCGUCGAAAAGAAAGGAGCUGCGAUGAGGGCGCUUUCACUCGUUGCGAGCAAGGGCGACUCAACAGCUGUGUCUGCAGUGCUUGCAUUCUGUGGUGGCAGAACCAAGACUUCAUUAUGGAGCGGUAGGUCCGACCGCAGCGAAGAAGUACGAAGUGAUGCGCUCAUGGCGCUCGGAGAGCUUUGUGAGGCGACUGAUGAGGCCGCGCUUCGCGCCAUCAUCGAAGGUUUGGGUGACCAGUGGGCCUGUGUCAUACAUGCUGCCGAAAAGGCGUUGGGCACUUUGGCUGCGCAAGAUACAACCAUGCUGAGUAUGGUUGUUCGUGAGUUUCUUGACCAUAAAAGCAGCCGCGUCAGGCAGCAGGCCUUUUCUUUAGCGAAACAGUACAUCGGUUCGGCGGCCGUGACGCGCACGGUCAGUGAUGCAGACCAGAUCUUUCGACCGGCAGUGCUCGGCAGGCUCAGUGACAAGUCCGUUUUCGUACGGUUUGCUGCAGUUGUCGCCACGGUGCGGGUGUUCGACAGGCAGGAUCAAGAAGCCGCGGUGGCGAUGAAGCGGCGUUUGCAAGACCGGGAACCUGCUGUUCGAAUGCAGGCCAUCAAGGGCCUGCAGGCCCUGGAUAUGCUGAAGCAUCCAGACAUCUAUCCAGCCAUUGUAUCUCGUCUCGAUUCUCGGAGUCCGGCAUUCAGCUGCAGCCUGCCUGGGCGCAAGGUGGUGGCCAUCACAAUGCAUGUGCGAUUUUGCGAUGACCAAUCUGAGAGCAGGUGCCAGGCCAACGUAGACACCAUGCAGAAGGACCUGGGCACCUUCAUGGAGUAUUACGAAGGCAAAUACAUUCACCAAGAAAUUGACGAUGCAAGAAUACAGUUGGUGCCAAAGGUAAACCCUGAUCACCUCAUGUUUGUAGACAGCGUAUCGUUGGAAGCCCUCCGCAAGGCCGUGCACGAUGGCAGCGACGUCCCUCGCGACCUCAUACAACGAGGGUUCUGGGAUGUGCAUUUCUUGCCGGACGAGUGCCUCCUCCUGGCAGUGGACAUGAGGGCAGUUGAUCGAAGCUUGUUGCACCAGAACUGGGUGCCUGCAACCUUGGGUCGCGCUUUGGUACAAGCCCGGGACCUGUUCGAAGUAUGCCACAGCAGUUCCACCACCAGCAGUGAGGAGUCUUGGGACAUGACUGCACAGAAGCUCCGAGAGGCCCUGAAAGAGGACCUGGCUGAUGAGGAAGAGUUUGAAGAAGAGGCGCCUGAGUGUGACGCAGUGUUGGAUGACGAGUCUGGAGAGGAGGAGAUAUCAGACUUCGAUGACAUAGAGUUCGUGAAAUGCUCAUGUUGUUGA